UUUUUUAGUCAUGCGGAGGAACUCCUAGUGCCUGAAUCGGUCGAUAUGAGUGCUUUGUCCCACAAUGGAGUGGUGCUUUUCUCCUUCGCCUCCCCAAGAGGGCAAUCCGUGGAGGUGUGGUCGUACGACCCCACGAACGAGUACCUGGACCACAUCCAGACCAUCCCCACGGUGGGAGCGACCCGUACCUGGCAGGUCCACUCCGGUCCCUCCAACUACCUCCUUCUGCAGAGCCCGAAGGAGGGCAUCGCCGUCUAUGCGUGGCGCGGGGACGAGUACCGCUUGGUGCAGACCCUGCCUGUCGGGCCGGUCGGGGCGAAGGUCCUGCCCCUGAAGCCGGACGGAGAGGUGAAGGUCCUGCCCCUAGAUUCAGAUGGGGAGGUGGAGGUCUUGCCUGUACCCUUCGCGGUGUGCGGGGGGAGCCUCCUCCUCCUUGCGAAGAUUCGUCACCGCCGGGCCCCUGCAGAGCUCCGACUUUUUAGCUUCAGCCCGGUCUCUGAGGCCUUUUUUCUCGUCACGGAUAACGUGUGCAAGAACGAAACCGGGAAGCAUCGUCGAGAGGGAACUGGACUGAGCUGUCUUGAGGGUGACGACCUGUCGCUUGAAACGGGAACCCAUCUGGCAGGCAACGGUUCCACCAUCUCCCUAGUGGUGUCUCGAGUAUCUAAACCGUAUGGGAUUACCAUUCACAUCGAUGGGAAACUCGAAGAAGUAGUCGAUCCAUCCUUCCAUCCGCUGAGGACACUGUACGAAAAGAUGCAGUCUCUCCAGAGAGAGAUCGCCGAGCUGGACCGCCAAAUGUCCGAGUCGGCGAGCGCCAUCCUGGCAGCCGCGAGCCCCCUGGGCCCCGUGAAGUUCGGCGAGUCGGUGACGUUUGCCCGGAACGUGACGGUGAGGCUCGGGGUGAGGGCCGGGUCCCUUGCGGUCACGGGGCCGCGCCUCCACGACGGCAGCACGGCGGCGGUGCCGCCCGAGACGCGGCAGUUCGUGUCCGACCUGGCCGCCUUCUGCCACUUCGUGGAGGAGGAGUUCGAGAGGAUCGAGGGCCUCAUCGAAAAUUUGGAGACGGAGCGGUCCUUGGAAUUGCACGAUGACGUGUACGAUACGAUCGACGUGAGAGACCUGGAAGUCGAAGAAAUCAUGGGAGAGAAUGUGGACGAGCUUCUCGAGGACUUGUUU